AUGACGCCUGUCGCCGCAUCAGCUCCAUCUCUCCCUUCCUUCAUCAAGAUGGAGGACAGGAAGAGGGCAGCUGGCCAAAGUACUGAUGAUCUCGCACCCCCUACCAAGAGACAAGCUACCAACGGUGCUGGAAAGGCCUCUGCAGAUUCUGAGAAUACCGCGCCUUGGUCUGAAGAUAUCGAGAAAUACCAAAAAGAUGCGAUCUAUCGACAAAUGCUCGAGUACAAACGAGAGAAGGCAACUUUGGAAUCACAAUUAAAGACAAUACAAAAGAAGUCUACAGAUCACGAUGAUCAUCUGAGAAUCAUUGAUGCUUGGUGGACACAGUUAUUAGAAGAAGUGACACUGCUCGCAGAAAAUGACAUUCCAAAUGCGGAAAAGCCAGAAAUAUCCUUCUCGACCUCUUUACAAUUUCAUGGUAUCAAAGCCUUCUCGGAUCAUCUGGCAUCAAAAGGCAGAGAAAUAAAAUCAAAAUUACAUAAAAUAUUUACUGCAGUUGCAGCUGCUCAUGGCAAACCCUCGACAGACUUGCAAGACCUUCAAGCAAAGGUUACAAAAAUGCUUGCUUCUCAGAAAGAAUAUCUCGUCACAGUAGACAGACUCCGCAACGAGAAAGAAGAACUGAAUGAGCUUCUCGAAUUGGCAUCGCUGCGUUAUGUCAAAGCCGAAAAACGUUUAGAUAGGCUGAGGAGUGAUACAGUUCGAAAAGAAGAGGCUAAGGCAUUAUUUCACAGUACUGCUAAUGGCGCGAAAGUCGAAAAUGGCGUGGACACUGAAAUGACGAAUGGUAUAACAGAAGACAAGGAAGCUAAUCAAUCAGCAUAUAAAGAGGCACAAGCCGUUGUCGAGAAGCAAAAGGAGCAACUCGAAGCCAUGGCUGCGGAGAAUAAAUCACUAACAGAACAAAUUACCGCGGCCAGUAUCAAGCAAGCACCCUCGGACGACGACUAUGCUCGGACUGAGCUUUUCAAACAAUUCCGUAUUCAACAUGAGGAUGUUAUCAAACGUAUCAAUCACCUCGAAGCCACUAAUAUACAAUUGCGAGAGGAGGCCGAGAAAUUACAAGCCGAACGGACUGCAUAUCGUAUACAAAUAGAGAACGAAGCCGAAACGACCACUGGUGAACUAGAAAGUCAACUUCAACGCCUGGAUGCCGAUUUGACGAGAAUUCGCUCUGCCCGAGAUGAGUUACUUGCUGAUCUUAGCGUGCGAAAGGCCAAACAGGACCAGGAUGAUGCAGGUAUCGAGCAUUUGAAAGAAUUGGUUGGAGCAAAGGAUGAUCGUAUCACAUCUCUCGAACUUGAAGUUGAACGUCUGAGACAAAUCGCCGAGCAAUCAUGCCAACCCACACCAGGACCGGAGAUAGAUUCAUUAAACCUCGAAGAAUUGCGUGUCAAGUAUGAUCUUCUUCAACAAGGUUAUGACUCGAUCAACAAAGAAUUACCUGCCCUCCAAUCCGCGUACAAGCGAGUCCAGGCCCUGACGAGCAAGAAAGUAAUGGACUUCACGGCUCUCGAAGAAAAGGUUUCGGUUUUGGCUGCCGAAAAGAGCAAGGCUGACCAAAAAUAUUUCGCGGCCCGAAAGGAUAUGGAUAUUCGCCUCGCAGAAGUUCGAACUUUGAAGAAUCAAAACGCUAAAAGUUCUGAGAUAAUCUCCCAACUCAAGGAUGUAGAGACAUCUGAUCGAACUUUGUUGAGCAAUUUGGAGAAACAACUGAGUGAUAUGAGACAGUCCAAUGCCUCUAUCCUGGCUGAGAACAAGAAGUUGGAGGUAUCGAGUAGAGAGGCCACAAGCAAAUGUGAAAGCUUAAAGAACCAAGCAGCAGAAUUGACCAACCUUCUUAAAUCCAAGGAUUCCGCGAACUCUGGUACCAAACAAAAAAUUCACGCGGUGGAACUAGAGAAUGAACAACUUCGGGUUCGAUGUGAACAGAUUCAAAAAGAUCGAGAUACAUGGAAACAAAAGAGCUUGAGCAACCAAUCUGGUGAGGAGGAAAUGCUCAGAACUCUUGCAUUGUGUACCGUUUGUCGUGCAAAUUUCAAGAACACUGUUUUGAAGACGUGUGGGCAUCUCUUCUGCAAUUCGUGCGUGGAUGAUCGGAUCUCCAACCGUAUGAGAAAGUGUCCUAAUUGCGCUAAACCUUUCGACAAAUUGGAUGUCAUGACCGCUCAUAUGUAA